AUGGUGGUCAAUAUUAUUGUUUUUGGACCAGUCAACGGUUUAUUGAAGAAGUUCUUUGCUAGGCUACACAAGAUCCUGGCCAAGCAAGAUCUAUCCUUUGCCAUCGUACUCGGGGAUCUUUUCAGUGAGGCGCCCAACGAGACACAGGCUCAAGAGACAUUUGAUCUACUCAAUGGAGCCUUAAACGUGCCUUUACCAAUUUAUUUUGGUGUUGGAAAUCACCCACUUCCUGCUCGAGUGACCGAGAAAUUGGAAGCAUCGGGCGAGGUGUGCGCCAACCUUUUCUUCCUUGGUAGAAGAGGGACUUUGAAGACCUCGGAAGGUAUCAGGAUCGCUGCACUUGGAGGCAAAUUGGUCGAGUCAGAUGGCCCUCAGCUUACUACCUUGAGUAAUUUCGAUGCAAAUUUUACAGUGAAUGAUGCUCGGACCCUCCAUGGCGCUCACUCGACCGACAUCCUUAUAACAAACCAAUGGCCACAGGGAGUACGUUCUGGCUCGAGGUUUUAUCUCCCAGAUGAUGCUGAGCCUCCAUCCGAUGCGCAAUGUAUAUCUGAUCUUUGCGUUGCUUUGAAGCCAAGGUAUCAUCUGUCAACUUCAGCCGCUUCUUAUAGCCGUGAACCUUUCUUUCAUCCAGCCACUGAGGACGAGCCAGAAGUCACCAAAACGACACGUUUUGAGUCGCUUGCAGCAUUCGGUAACGAGAGAAAAGAAAGAUGUGUCCUCGCUUUCAAGAUUGAUCUUUCUGUGGCAUCUGCCAUAACCUUGCCUCCAGAUGUUACACCAAUCCCGUUCACAGUCAGUCAGAAGCGUCGUGCUCUACCAGAUCAAAAUACGAGCUACAGUAGGUAUGGAAAUGGCAAUGGCGAUACGUGGCGUCGACCGAAGAGAUCCCGUCAAUCGGAUUACACGAAGCUGGAGAAUUGUUUCUUCUGUAUCGGUAGCCCUGCACUACAAACCCACCUCAUUACUUCAAUGGCGGAAGAGUCCUAUAUCACAGUCCCUCGAGGACCUUUACCGCCACCUGGUACAGGGUCCGAUCUUGGCAUCCCUGGUCAUGCACUGAUUAUACCUCAUACACACGUAGAUGAUAAGGUCCCUGCUGAGCAGCGAGCUCAUCUCUCCAAAAACGAAUACGAGGAGAUGCAACGAUACCGGCGAGCUUUGUGCCGUAUGGUGCAAGUGAAAGCCAAUGGCAAGCUUGGAGCAGUCUGUUGGGAGAUCUCUCGUAGUCACAUCCGUCAUGUCCAUUGGCAGUUCUUACCUGUCCCGUCAGACCUCAUCAGCAAAGGCCUGGUACAAGCCGGCUUCAAAGUGGCAGCUGAGAACGGGAACCUGCCGUCAUUCAAGAAGUAUGAUCCAGCUAAGAUGGUGGCGGAGAAGGGAGAUUACUUUCGGAUUUGGAUUUGGAAGCCGGCAGGAGCUGCUAAAGUACCAGGUCUCGAAGAAGCCGAAGAAGAUGACGAGAAUGGUGACGAGACCUCGAUGGUUAUGCCUAUUCCGUCUUCCGAGAGAUUCGACAUCCAGUUCGGACGCAAAAUCAUGGCGCAGCUUCUUGGGCUAGGCAAUCGUGCUGAUUGGCAUGACGUGAUGCAGACAGAAGCAGAGGAGACUGCAGAUGCGGAGGCUUUCAAAGCCGCGUUCGAACCAUACGAUCCUGCUUUAGAGAGCACUGCAGAGACUAAUAGCGCUUGA